GUUGUGAUUCCCAUUUGUGUAAUCGACAUGGCAGCCUCAUUUGCAAACUGUUCCUAUGUGCCAGAGGCGAGCAUUGGCGACGCGACAUCCUUUAAUUACGCAGACCGUGGUGGAACCAGUGGAUUGGAUGAACGUGAUAAAAGGACUACACGUGCCGGCAGUUUGACAAACCACUCACUUCUGCACUUGCUAGAAAAGCAUAAUCGAUACGAGGGAAUCAACCUGACGCCACCACCGAAGAGUUCCAGUGGUCGUCGACAUUCGUCCGAUUCGUUUCCUAUGAUUGAGGAUGAAAACUAUCAGAUUCCUCAGCGCCAAAUAAAGAAACCUCCCGGAUUGCAACUAGUUCCUCCUCCAGUGCCAAAACGAACUUUUCAGGGUAAGUUCACCCAACGGCAGUCGGAAUCAUUUGACGGUCAGAGUCGCAACUCGAGCGUAACAUUGGAUGGUUACCACCACCAGCAACCAAAUAGCUAUGCUCAAUAUCGACCGGAUCGAAUCUGUCAAUCUGCAUUCGAAGAGCAAACGUUUGGAUUUUUUACCACAAACAAACCUAAAAACAUUGGAUCCUGCCACACUAGCGUAAGUGCGACGAGUUUCGAUGAUAUUGGCGAUACGGAUGAUUUCGUAAUUUUCAACAAAAAGAUGUCCUCAAUAGAAUCCAAUCGGUCAUCUAGUGAUUCGAACAAAUCCCAAACCACCAUAGAUACCGGUUACGUGUCGGCCAACGAGAACGAUAGGUCAAUUUUUACGACGGCAAGUUCAACCAAAGGCACCUUCCGAAGUCGUUUUUCCUCCGAAGACACCCAAUCCUCGUUGGAUAGUUUUCUUUCAUCCGAACUACACCGAACAGACACGAUCGAUUCACUGCAAAUGAACGAUUCGCCAUUCAGUUUGAAAAAGAACAUUUUCAAUUUUGACGUCAAAAAUGGCCAAAUGCGGAACUCCAGUUCGAUAUCACCCAAUUCGACCGACGAAAAAAUGGACAACUGUUCACCACGCAGCAUCGAAAACAAAAGUGCUCGCCGUUUACCAAUGGUUCCCACUCGGAAGCAAACCAACGUUCCACCUAAGAUUCCACCUCCCAAUCGCGUAACGCCACCCGCGCUGCCAUCACGCUCUCAGCAAGCAUUCGAAUCACGUAAAUUACAGAAACGCCAACAGCAACAACAGCAGCAUCAGCAGCACCUCAACAACACUCCAUUCAACCACAAAACCAGCCUGGAAAAUGUACAAGAGCUUUACAGUCGUCCGACCGGCUUCCGGCGUAACAUGCACAAGCCCCCACCGCUAAAUCAAGUGCAUCACUCGAAAGUCAACCAACGACAGGAUUCCAACAUAUCAAGCGAUAGCUUUUCGGCUACAUCUAGCCCCGGCUACAGCAACAAGAACGUGGAAGCACCCCUCCUCCAACACACAUCCAAAAUGAACCGUUCGACGAUGCGAAGCCAUCAGCUGCCGCACCCGCAACAGCUACUACACCAGCAAACCAAUUCGAACACGUCCGUCAACGCCACCCCGCAGGACACCAAGCAGUCCUCCUUGCAGCAGGAAAGUCACAAUCCAGCCACUGUACGAUCCGUUCCACCACGAGUGAGCAUGCGACAAGAUUCGAGCAUAUCGAGCGACAGUUUCAGCCAGACGUCGAGCCCCAGUUAUAAUACGAAAAUCAUGGAGGCACCGCUACUAUCGCACGCUGCCAAAAUGCCCAGGGUUUCCAAACCGAUUGCGGUGCGCAACUUGGAGGAAGAGAUUGCAAAGGAAUGCGCUUCGGACAACAACGGAUCGUCAGUUAUCAUCAAAAGUGCAUCGACGCCGGCCAGCUUGCAGACCAUCGUCCGGCUGUCCAAUGGGUCGAACGUUUCGCUACAGGGGAAGAAACUCCAAAUCUUCAAAUCGCGCCGAAGCUCCGAGUCUUACCAUUCGCGCCGAAGUCGGAUGAAGUUCCGUGCAUGCCAGAUCGCCGUCAAUGCCAUCCUUCUGAUUGGACUUGCCAUCGGUCUCGCAUCGUAUUUGAGCAAGAAUCCACCGAUCACAUACGUGAAUCAAACCACCAUUGCCCGAACCAUCAACAAUCGACUACCACACGUUGACACGACACUUGUUCCUGCCAAGAUGGACCGCAACCCGGCCCCAGGGGUUUGUCUACCGGUGAUCGUCAAGUUCUGCCAGCAACACAAAGUUCCCUACAACUAUACCGUGUUUCCCAACUAUAUCGGACACUUUGGCCAACCGGAAGCCCAAAUGGAAAUUGAUCUUUUUGAGGCGCUGGUCGAUGUCCAAUGCUACGAGCUUGUUCCACUGUUCUUAUGUUCCCUGUUUGUGCCUAAAUGCGGUGUCACCGGGUCAACGGUGACUCCGUGUAAGAGUUUGUGUAUGGAAACUAUGCGGCGGUGUAGCUUCUUUUUCGACGUUUUCGGAUUGGAGCUGCCUGAAUAUCUGCGGUGUAGUUUGUUCAACGAUGCGACUUCCGACCAGGAUGAGUGCGUUGGGAUGGCUGAGUUCAAGGAGGCCCAGCUUCGGGCGAGUCAACCUGUUAGUUGUCCGGGAUUUUUUUGCGACAAGGAUCGCUGCAUACCGAAUGAUUGGCGAUGUGAUGGACACGUGGACUGUCAGGAUCAGACGGAUGAGUCACACUGUGAUGUUUGUGGAGAUAAUGCGAUUUACUGUGGUGAAGGACGCUGCAUGAGCCAGAAGCACGUAUGUGAUGGCGUGGUAGAUUGUCCGUACGGACAGGAUGAGAGAAAUUGCAUGCGGCUUAGUGAGCGUAAUGGAGACUUGGGUCGAGGAACGCUGGAGGUGUACAAAGCUAAUCUCAAACAAUGGGCACCUGCUUGUGUGAAGAAUUGGGAUCCGGCUGCUUCACCGACUACGAUUUGCUCAAUGCUUGGAUACAGUUCGGUGAAUUCUAGCCGUACUACGAUGCGUGGAUCCAAUCGAACCCUCGUUGGAACGAAGGAUGCCUCAUCCUUGUGGCGGAUGCUUCAGAAAAAGAGUACUACCAUGCUCAAAGAGUUCAACAGCUGCGAUGGGAAGACGAGGUACCCAGUAGCAGAGUUGACAUGCUCUAAUUUCGCUUGUGGUAAAGUCCCGAACAAGAAACAUCGCAAGCCUCAAACGCGAAUAGUAGGUGGAUCCACAUCUAAGCCGGGAGAUUGGCCUUUCAUUGCGGCCAUCCUUGGUGGACCGGAAGAAAUCUUCUACUGUGCUGGCGUCUUGAUUGCCGACCAAUGGGUUCUGACAGCAUCACAUUGUAUUGGGAAUCACACCACGAGAAGUAUCAGUGAUUGGACAAUUCAGCUCGGUAUCACCAGACGUCGCUCACAUUCAUACUACGGCCAGAAGGUGAAGGUUAAGGCGGUGAUUCCGCAUCCCCAAUACAAUCUGCUCAUCCCACACGACAACGAUAUUGCGCUGUUCCAGCUUGCCACUCGGGUUGCCUUCCACGAGCAUUUACUGCCGGUAUGUCUUCCACCGCUGCACAUCCACGAUAUGGCGCCCGGAACCAACUGCACCGUAGUAGGCUGGGGAAAACGAGAAGACAGCUCUCUCCCCAAUGGAGUGACCUAUGAACCAGCUUUAAACGAAGUCAACGUACCCAUACUGAGUCGUGACCAGUGCAUCGAAUGGCUGGAGAAUCUGAACGUAACGGAGGGAAUGAUCUGCGCCGGCUACCAGGACGGAGGGCGAGAUGCAUGCCAGGGUGACUCUGGUGGACCGCUGCUGUGUCCGUAUCCGACCGAGAAGGACCGCUGGUACGUUGGUGGUAUCGUUUCGUGGGGUGUCCGCUGUGCCUCGCCCAAACUGCCCGGGGUGUAUGCCAACGUGCCGAAAUUCAUUCCUUGGAUAUUGGCACAGAUCAACAACCACUCGGUGCUGCAGACAGACACAAUUGGCCGAUAAUUGGGAAUCAUUUGACGGUAUCGAUUUUCGGUUUACGCCUCGGAACGAGUUGAAAAGGGAACCACCGGUGGACAACGAAUCAAUGAUGAGUUAUGGGCCGAUAAGCUUCUCGUCUGACGGGGCAGGCCAUCGAACAACGUACAGGUGAUAUACAUAAUCAGCUAGGAUGCGUUCACAUUAUAUAUCGUGGUAAUCAAUUACGCUAGCCCCGUAUCAGUAUAGUUAGAGAUGCAUUAUGACAAUAAGGAGCUCCGAUUGAUAAACAUAUCGAUUACGGAGGUGAGAGAGGUGCGGGUGGUUAAUUUGUUGAAUAUAUCGGAUGCGAAUGUAAAUGAUGACAAUAAUACCAGCUUCAACUAUUUGGAUGAAUAUUUUCAAAACAUAAAAGGUUUUCAAAAAUGCCAUCAUUCAUCUUACAGUACAUUUGAACACAUUAAAAAAAAUCACUCGUUACGAACACCUGUAGGCAGUUACACCGACUAUGAGCUUUUUAAUGAAUUCCAGCUUCGGCCAGCAAUAAAAAAAAAUAUUCCUUUGAAAUCAACGCAACUGUUAGUGACGAGAAGUUCAACCAUGAUUCUUCCAUCCUUUUCCCAUACAUGCAUACUCAAAUCUAUAAAGACUCAUGUAAUAGAUGUGCGGAUAUGUGCAAAGUGUUGUAUCCAAACGAGCAUUUCCAUACGAUUUGACAGUCCAUUAACAUCAGCUGACAUCCGUACAUCUAUUAUUUACCCAACUCCCGGAGGUAUGAACAGGAAAACACGACAGAUGGAAUGAAAGAACCAGUAGCGGUAGAAAAACAAAUUGGUGUGGUGGUGGAAUCACCUUUCAAACACCACCCCCGCAAAAGUUGAAUCAAGGGAAAAGCGAAAACGAUAGGGCUCAUGAUGUCACCGUGAUGGAACGAAACAACGAGCGAACACGAUUUCCAAUAAAGACAAGUAGAACGCUCUAUUUAUCUUUUCACUUGGCUUUCCCACACGUGAUGCCUGCCGAGAACGGCAGAUGCACGAUUUAAACACGAAUGAUUUGCAGUGUUUAAUGAGUUGCAUUGUCUGACUUUGAGCGUGAUAGUGGUGAAACCAUUAUUAACCUGCAACCACUUUGCCAUAAGCAUUUGAAGUUCCAUACCGGUUCCACUGUCACAGUCAGGCCUUGUCUGCGCGGGGUGGGAGGUGACACGCUGUCAAUUGUGAAGUGACAAUUGUCACUUCUAAAUACUCAGGAUCUUGAGAUACAGCAGUACGUACAUAAUGUUUGCUUGCUCACUAGUGCCACCUAGUUGCAGAAUUCAAAAUUGAUAUAUCCACCACCCAAAAGCCCUUGACAUUCUGAUCGACUUUGCCGAAGACAUCACCCUUCUAUAUCAUCAGGAUCUAGAAGUGUAGCAGUACAACAUAUUUGCAUGCUCACUAGCUCUGCCUAGUGGCAGAAUUAUGAAUUGAUAUGUCCACUUCCCAGCAGUCUUUGGCCUCUUGGACAACUUUACCGAAGACAUCACCUGUCUAAAUAAUCAGGAUCAUGAGAUACAGCAGAAGGCAAUAAAAAAUGUGGCAGAAUUCCGACAUGAUAUGUCAACUUCCCAGCAGCCCUUGACCUCCUGAUCAACUUUACGCAAAACGUUAUCCUUCUAUAUAAUCUGCAUCUGGAGAUACAGCAGUAUAAAAUAUUUCCAUGCUCACCACCACCGCCUAGCCGAAUUCUUAGUUGAUCUGUCCACGUUCCAGCCUCGUGAUCAACUUUGCACAAGAAGCUAUCCGUCGACAUAAUCUAGAUACAGCAGUUCCGAAUAUGUACAUGUGGGAUGCUCAGUAGCUCUGCUUAGCGACAUAUUUCCGAUCCCCUACACGAACUCGUAUCGCUCUGCAACAACCAAUUUAUUAUGCUAUACCAAUGUGGAAUACCGGAAUAAAGUAGAUUCUGUAAACAUCGAUUUUUCGAAAGCGUUCGACGCUAUUCCGCACAUCUUUGCGGUGGAUAUGCUGAGACAUAUGGGUUUUCCUGAUUAGAGAGCCGACUGCCCAACAAACAUUGAAUGUUAAAUACGAGCUUAUUCAGGCAAAAAUAAGCUUCUUAAACUAAAAAGUGGCUUAUUCAGCUGUUGAUCAACUCAAAUUGUUUGUUGGGUGGCUAAGGUCAUACUUGACCGGUAAGAAAGCAUUCGUUCAGGUGAACACUGGACGUUCGAGGACAUUGUGGUAGUGGUAAGCGUGAUUACCUCUCACCCCAGCAGGCCUGGGUUCAAUUCCAGUCGGCGCCGCCGGGAUGUUCUGAGGCAUAACAUCUCUGAUCACGCCUUCCUUCGGAUGGGAAGUAAAGCCGUUGGUCCCCGGUUCAUGAGUUGAUGGGUCGAUAGGUAGGGUCCAGGUGUGCGAGCUGCCUUCCUGGCACGUCGGUAGCAUUGGUGCUCAGCACGGAAAACAAGAUCGACGGAAAAAACAAACCAAAGGAAAAAAAAAAAAGAAGUGUAUAUUGGACUGUAUUGGUUUGCAGGCAGACAUCGAUGUCCUUCACGAUGGGGCAAAGAAAACGGAAUGUGUAUGUAGUGAACAUUAAUAAAUGCAAAGUGAUCACUUUUAGCCGCUGCUAUCUGCCGGUUAAUCACCUUUACAAAAUUGACGCCAGUGCUGCAAAAUCUCGACAAUACAUGGCGAAAUUCUGCUUUGGUCACUCAUUUGAGCUAACAGUCAUCGUCAAGGCAAACCAUGUCAAUUGUCAGUGACGAACUUGUGCAGAUUUUUUAUUAGCUAAAUUUGAAUCGAAAUUAAAUGACUUGAGCAAAACAAUUACAUGGAUUGAACAAGCAUCUACGUACUGAACUGCUUGGGUAACAAUAAUGUGACUCAGAAUACACGAAAUUACACUUUUUGUUACCAGGUGAAUCCAUUUCAUUGACAAAAAAAAAAUGAAAUUGAUUUUGAAAAAGAUUUUUUCGAGGAUCAAGUCUCUCAGUGACUAUGUGAAAAACAUUUUUUUUUUUCAAUAUCGCGCGAAAGUCUGUCAAUGACAAAUCUGAUUGACGCUACUUCGUUGGACCACCGCAAUGCAUCACAAUUCACCGACGUAUAUGCGCUAAAAGCAUUGUUCUGUGUUUUCUGUGGCUAGAAUACGCUUCUCCAAUUUGGGCCCCAACAAUACUUCUCAGUUUAUUCGUAUUGAGCGUGUGCAGAAAUCUUUCAUUCGCUUUGCUCUUCGGCAUCUACUAUGGAAUGAUCCUGUUCAUCUCCCCGAUUAUCCGGAACAAUGUCGACUAAUUGAUUAGGAACUACUCCCGACAAGACGGUUGGAAUUGCAACGGCUGGUUGUAUUUGACAUGAUCAAGAAUAACGUGGAUUGCUCGAACCUUCUCCUGCAAAUACCUCUGAACGUUCCUCAGCGUCAGUUGCAGCACUCUGCACUCAUUGCUGUUCCAGGCAUAGCACGUGUUAUGGCUAUAACAAUCCUCUCAGUUCCUGCAUCAGAGCCUUCAACACCGUCUACGAUGUUUUCGAUUGUUUUGUGUCAAAUGCUAACCGCUGAACCUUGAAUGUACGUAGUCCUGCUCGUUUCUUGGCUUUCUGCACGAAACUUUUUGACAGGAGCCGUUUUUUUUCGCAACAUCCCGAACGGAAUAGUUGGGUUUGCAUUUGAAGGCAGCAACCACUCGCUUGUGAUCUUCAACGCAGUACGGAACACUUUUUCUUGCACUCACUUACUUCCGAUCGACAGUUAAACGUUUUCCGAAACGCUUCAUGACACAGUAGUAGAUUGUUGGAUUCCCAACAUCUUUCCGAUGGCUCGUUGCGAAAGAUGUGGGUUGUUGAAAAAUUUUCUCACGCACGCACGGUUUCUUUAUUUUCAAAACUACUAAAAAUUGCACAGUUAAGCUCACGCAGUGUAAACAAUACAAGCUGAGGCCAUCUCAACCCAAAAUUUAAUUAGAAUUAACCCAAAGGGCAAAAUUUUACAGCUUUUUUUAAAGUGAUGCAAUUUAACUGUGGACACCCUUUAAGGUAUUAGGAUGCAAAUUUCGUCCUUUUCUUCUUUUUUAAUCAACUCCAGAAUAAAACCUGACUGGUUUCAACUCUUGACAAAAUAUACAGUUAAUAUGAUGCAGGCCUUUGAUCAUCUGAUGGUCUCUGGAAAAAAUCUGAUCAACCUGCUAUUUAUGAUACGAGAAUAUCUAACAGGCAUGAUUUAUUGAUCAGUAUAACAAGGUCUUUGGAAUAAUAUCUGAGCCACCUGCAAUGAUAUGAGGGAAUAUCUGAGAAAAGAGAUUUGAAUUUUCGGAUAGCUGGAUAUCUUCAGGUAUCAUACCUGAUCAUUCUGAUGUCUUUGAAAAAUAUUUAGAGGAAUUUAUGGAGGCCUCUGAUCACCUGAUCUUUGGAAUAUCUUCUGAGUAACCUGGUAUUAUGAGAGAAUAUCUGAAAGACGUGAUUUGAAUUGUUGAACAGUUGAUUUUGUAGAAUUUUUAUACAACAACGGACCCCAGUUAACGAUAGCAAGGAUCUGUGUUCCAGGUACCAUUCUGGAUGUGGCCAAAAUUUGACAUGUGCCAAAAUCUAUCAUGCGAAACCACAUUGGCUAGAACUGGUCAUGUUCCAGUGGCUAAAAUCUGACAACUCAAAUCCCAUGAGACAACAAGAUCAAUGGUUAUGUUGUUUAAAUGAUUAUGUUAUAUUACAAGUUCAGGAAGUUUUCUCUGCUUGCAAACUAAACAAAAACGCCUCUUCAUUCACGCCUCUUCGCCGCCGCGAAUAAAUUGUGCCAGUAGGGGAGCAUUUACGAUGGUGGCUAUCAAAAUAGCACAGUUUAAACUUCAAUUCAAUCCAGAAUAUUGUAUAACUGUAUAAGCGACUUGUUACAGAAAACAACAAUUUUUAAAUUGGUGCCAAAAACAUCCUUGGACUGGUGUUUUUUUACAGUAAUUAUAAUUAUCGUGAAAUAACCAUGGAUGGAUUUACUACAACAUUCUUUAGGGAGUCUAACCACUUGCCCAGGGAUACCUGCAACAUGUCUGUGAUAUAUUAUAGUCUUUGGAUACAUACUAACCUGAACACGUUCUGUCCAUAUCUCCACAACGCAACCAGUUGACCGAUUCAUAAAAUCUACACACUUAAAUUUUUUCGCCGAGAUUCCAACAGCCGAGUAGUUCUGCAAUUUAU